CCCGUACUUUGUGUUCCUGUUUUUUUUUAUCUACAAAUGGUGCUGAAAUCAAGUCAUAAAAGCAUAAAUGCUCAAAGCGACGGCAAUUCACCCACAUCUAUAAACAUGGAAAAUAUUGAAUUGUCAAAUUUGGAACAAAAAGAUGAUAGAGAUGUUCCAGAUGGUCCUAUUUGUGAAGAUGAAGAAGAAAUUUUACAGGAAGAACAUUUUAUUGAUGUUGAAAUAGAUGAUAAGGUAUCUAAAAAGAUGUCUAAUACUUAUGCUGCAAAGAAAACAGUCGCACAAGGAAUGAUGGAUAUAGCAUUAAUAACAGCAAAUGCAAACCAACUUCGUUAUCUAAUCGAAUUCAACAGGAAUAGCUCAACAUUCUACGUUAACGCUAUUUUGAUAGCCGUAUCUUUACUCCUUCAAGUUGGCAUAGGAGUAGCGUUAAUAUUUAAGGGCCGCUUAGACUUGAAAGGAAUGUCUAAAGAGAAAAGCGCCAAGACAAUAAACAACCAUGUAGUCGUCGGUAUCUUCUUAGUAACGAUAAUUAAUGUUUUUGUGGCUACUUUUACUGUAACUGGACAUGGCAAUGGUUCAAGCGGUGUAAACUAAUAGGAUUAUCUACAAAACUAAUCUCAGAAGAAAAUAAUACCUAUGUAUAUUUUCUUUUAUUGUAAAAAGUUUAAUAAAUUUAUAUUUAAAGUUU